AUGCCCAUGGAAGAGAUAAAAGUGGGUCAAAAUAGAACCUUCAGGUCAGACCACAACAACAACGACAGCAAUAACAACAUCAACAACAACAAUAACAACAACAUCAACGACACCAGCAGCAGUAUCGUAGUCCGGGAUCGUAGUGUGGCGAGUGGCUUUCUCCCGAACAUCUUCAAGAUCAUGUCAUACGACCCAAAAUCCUUCAAGUAUUUCUUUGGCUACUACGAUCACCUUGUCUCAGACCGGGGCAAUCUCACCAAGGCCGAUAAAGCUUUGAUCAGUCUCUCGGUCAGCACCGAAAACAAGUGUCUCUACUGCACUGUUUCUCACAGAGUUGUGUUCAGACUCAGCACCGACGACCCAGUACUAACUGAUCAGCUAACAGUCAACUGGAAAACAGCUGACUUGACGGACAGACAGAGGGCCAUUGUAGAACUGGCCAUGGCAGUGACCAAGAAUGAACCCAUCACGGAAGAACAUUUCACCAACCUUGAACAGCAUGGCCUCGACCAACGGGAUGCCUUUGACAUCGGCCACUAUGCCGCUUUCUUUGCGCUGGCCAACAGGAUUGCUGUCUUCACCAAACUCAGACCAAAUGAUGAAUUUUCAGAUUAGUCGGGUAACCCAAGAACCAGCACCGAGUCACUGGGGACCAGAAGAUAUACCGUGACGUAACGGGAUACCCAGACCAGGUACUCGUAGGAAUCCGGGACCAAAUUCUCCUCCGACUCAUCACCACGUCUUCGAAAGGGGGUCAUGGCUUUUUGCAGAGGAGGCAAGGGCGUCCGGAGAGCCUUCAAAAUUCAAUAAUUUAAGAACCUAUUUUUGUUUUGCAAAUCAUUUUCUAAACAAAUAAUUUUGAUUGACGAAUUCAAAUAUAACAUUGAGAGUCAAACAGGAUGGUGAUUAGCUCGCUUUCGCAAUUUCUCUAUCAUGUUUAUAGGCUAUGUUAUCGCUCCCCUCUCAUUGUACGUACUUACCCCCCCCCCCCAUUAGAAAACAAAUCCUGCGUACCAACACGGUGGGGGCUAGCUGCAAGAAGAUACCCAAGCUAAUAUAAACUGCUGUAUGAUAUUGAAUACUUUGUUUGCAAAGAGAUAAUAGAUCUUUAUUGCCUGUGCAACAUGUAUUAGAUGCAAUAUUCUCAAGGAACACGCAUUUGAAAUGGGAAUUUUGAUAGGGUAAAAUCUGCUGCCGAGUAAUCACUGUUCGUUACAAGCUGUCAUGUGAAAUUAAUCAUGAAAUAAAGAAGACCACCGC